AUGUCGUCAGUUGUGAAAUGUUCGGCCAAGGGAUGCCACGUCUCCUCCGAAUUGGGCGAAUACGACUCGAUGAUGCUUAGGCUCGGCUUUUCCAACUGCUGCAAGCACCUCGAAUUCGAAUCGAACGAGGUCACGACGCGGAUCGAAUACAGUACUCAGCAGUUGAACGUGGACAUGAUUACAGUGGUUUUUUACGAUAUUGGUCUGAGCAUGGAUGGUCAGGUCGAACAAUUGACCGCAUUUUCUCUCACUGGCGAAAUAUUCUCCUCUUUCAUAAAAACGACCCUCAGGGCAAACAAGAAGUCGGCUCAAAGGAAACUCCCGAAUGACCUCUACAACGCGUUGUCAGAGGAACCCAAGGUUGCGAUGGAGAGGUUCCACCAGUGGAUCAAAAUGAUACACUCUAUGAACACAAGGGGCAACUCAGACUUAAGGAAUGUUGUACUCACAGCGCAUUUCGGCUCCUGCCACUACCACAUAUAUUUAUUAAGAACAAUGCUUGGCUGUGGCGUUGUACCCCCUGAUUUCAGGCUCGCGGACUCCCUAGCGCUUUUUAUGCUGAUUAAGGGAUCUGAUGAGGACGCGGGCAUUGCUUUGCUAGUGGCUAAAUACGCCACCUGGAUGCAAUAUGAUCCAAAUAAUGCCGACAAUGAUGCGCGGGCGCUGAGAACUUUAAUCAUGACUGUAUUCCCGGAAACAAAGGCGGCUUGCUACGCAUUCAGUAUCAGCUGCGAGGAAUUUUUGGAGAGGACUAGAUUGAACGAGCUGGAGUUUGGUCACUUGGGGUACACUCAUUACCCGAUGGGAGAGGGAGCAAUUAUUUGCGAGGAAAGUGGAAAUUUACUUGGGUGGCGAGAUAGAGCCAACGGAGUAUAA